CCAUGGAAACAUCCUUCACAAUAAUGAUAAUAAUAAGAGUAAGGAUGGUCUGCAAUUCACCGUUGCUGCUGUGAACGUUUUCUUUACCUACGUUAACGCGUCCUUAACGGUGCUUUAUAUUUCCUUUGGCUGCUGGGCAGUAUGGUCCUCUUACGAAGUGACACUGAUGUUUGCCAUCUUCCGUUAUGACGGGAACAACACUGAGUUCUACACAGCGAGAGACAUCGCACACAAAUGGCUCAGAGGGAUUCUGCCAAACAGCAUCUAUUUAAACAUGGUCUUUGUAACCAGUAAAGAAGACGGCCGUGUAAAAACAACCCAUGAAGACGUCUCGGUGUGGUGGUCUCCCCUUCAUACGAGGUUCGACUGCCUGGUUCAUGUCAGCGUUAUCCCCAGCUUGGAUGUGGCAGAUGUGCAAAGGGAGAUGCUCUCCAGACUGGGUGACGUCUACUACGACCCCAACGGUCAGCUGUGGCUGAAGGCCGACAUGGACAGCCUGCACACCACGCCCGUUGAUAAUUUCUCCGUUGUCCCAACCGAUGUGGCCACAGGCACAACCACCACAUUUAAACCCACAACCUCCAUCAGCGCCAAGAGCACCUCAACGAGCGCCCCAACGAGCGCCCCAACGAGCGCCCCAACGAGCGUCCCAACGAGCGCCUCAACGAGCGCCUCAACGAGCGCCUCAACGAGCGCCUCAACGAGCGCCCCAACGAGCGCCCCAACGAGCGCCCCAUCGAGCGCCCCAACGAGCGCCUCAACGAGCGCCCCAACGAGCGCCCCAACGAGCGCCCCAACGAGCGCCCCAUCGAGCGCCCCAACGAGCGCCCCAACGAGCGCCCCAACGAGCGCCCCAACGUGCGCCCCGACGUGCGCCCCGACGAGCGCCCCGACGAGCGCCCCAUCGAGCGCCCCGACGAGCGCCCCAACGAGCGCCCCAACGAGCACCCCAACGAGCGCCUCGUCCAGUGCGACCCUUGCAACCUGCAUCACGACAAGCCCUGCGAAUAUCUCGGAGCUGUUUUUUGAGGUUGCAGUGAAUGUUUCCAUAACGGGGGAGUGUGACCCUGUGCAGGUUCUUUCCACCUGGCUUAACUCGAGUCUACCUAACGACAAGAUGGUGGUGCUUGACUUCCAGCUGCUCCCCAAAGUUCAAAGACAUCAUCCCAAACUGCCUGCAAACUUCUCUACAUAUGACAGCGUGUUUGCGCGCAAAGUUUCUAGAGAGAGCUGUAUUUUCCAGGUCCGGGUCAUGAUGUUGCCGUCAGACACACAGGAAACGGAAGAGCAGAUACGACACCCACUGCUGGUGCCUUAUAGCGACGGAUCGAUCUCCAUAGCAACCGAGGACAUACAGAUAAGCCAAAUUUUGAUACUGAAGUGCAACGCAGAAACCCGGCUGACGCGGAGAGGACUGUUUCAGUGGCCGUAUACUUCAGGAGGAACAAUUGCAAGUAGGCCGUGCCCCAAAAACCCUCAACGCAACGCCACUCGCCUCUGUAAACUGUGCCUCAAUACCAACUGGCUCGCUCCGGACCUGAAAGACUGUCACCGGGUGGUGGAGACCAUCCCUGAUCUGGAUCACGUCGAAGUCACUGCUGACAACGCACUGGACGUGGUGGUGAUGAUCGAGGCUUUGCUGAGAGACCACUCAGCACUCAACUACCAGGAGCUGCUCACCAUCCUCAACAAGCUGCAGGACGUUGUAAACCUCAGCAGGGUCACACCGAACCUGGGCCAGGCUCUGAUCGACACCCUCUCCGACAUCCUGGAGUCUGACAGCGACCUGCUGCCUUUUACCAACACCAUCCUGAACAUAACGGAUGCUGUAGGAGACGUGAUGGUGGACUACCAGGGCUCCUUCACUCUGGUGGCUCCUGCCAUUGCCAUGUCGGUGGUGGAUGUGGUUCCUGGACAGUUUAGCAGUUUGACCUUUGGGGUGUCGUCUGACCGCGCCGGCACGAAGCCGGAGAUAUUCAUCAACAAGUCUCCCUUCAACGGCACGGUGGCUUUCAUCUUCCUGCCGUCUGCCCUGCAGCACAGCUUCCCGCAGAACGGCUCGGCCCAGAGCCCCCCAGCGCGGGUCAAGUUUCAGUUCUUCGGCAUCCCGAUGCUCUUCCAGGAGAGCCAAAAGGGGCGGAGCCUCAACACCUUUGUGGUGUCAGCCAGCGUGACCAACGCCAGCGCCCCGGUCAAAGACCUGGACCAAGACGUCAGGGUCAUGCUCCGCCAUCUCGUUCCCAAUACACUCCAUAAGGACGUGCAGUGUGUGUACUGGAACUUCAAUAAAAACCAAGGACUCGGAGGCUGGGACGAUCACGGCUGCAGGAUAUCCAACAGCAGCUCCGACUACACAACGUGCCUGUGUGAUCAUCUCACGCACUUCGGAGUUCUUCUGGACGUCUCCAGGACGCGGCUGGACGCGGCUAACGAGCAGAUCCUGACCAUCAUCACCUACGCCGGCUGCGGCGUCUCGUCGGUGUUCUUGGGAAUCACCGUUCUCACCUACACGGCCUUCGAAAAGCUCCGUCGAGACUACCCCUCUCAGAUCCUCAUCAACCUCUCCCUGGCGCUGCUGGGCCUGAACAUGGUGUUCCUGGUCAACUCCUGGCUGUCCUCCUGGGGCGUUUAUGGCCUGUGUGUGGCCGCGGCGUCCACGUUGCACUACUUCCUGCUGGCGUCGUUCACCUGGAUGGGAUUAGAAGCCGUCAACAUGUACUUUGCGCUCGUCAAAGUCUUCAACGUCUACGUGCCGUCCUACAUCCUCAAGUUCUGCGCUCUGGGAUGGGGGAUCCCUCUGGUGAUCUGCGUCCUGGUGCUCGUGGUGGACAGAGAGGCCUACGGCAGUCGCCUCUACGCCGAUGCUCCCAGCGGCUUGGAGCUGUUGGGCGACUCUGACAGCUUCUGUUGGCUUCAGGACAACGUGACGUUCUACGUGUCUGUCGUUGCCUACGCGUUGCUGGUCUUUCUCUUCAACAUUGCGGUCUUUGUGGUUGUGCUGAUCCAGAUUCGCCACAUGCGAGCCAACAGCCCGGCUGGGACCCGCAGCGGACUGGUGCACGACCUGAAGGGAGUCGCCAGCCUCACGCUGCUGCUCGGACUGACGUGGACGCUCGGCUUCUUCACCUGGGGGCCGGCCAGAGUGCUUCUGCUGUACCUCUUCGCUGCACUCAACACCCUGCAAGGACUUUUCAUCUUCCUCUUCCACUGUCUGAUGAAGGAAAAUGUCCGCAAACAGUGGAGGAUUCACCUCUGCUUUGGACGUUUCCGACUUGAUGAGCACUCUGAGUGGAGCCAUUCUGCCUCAAUUGGAGUAAUAACCAGACCCAAAUCAAAUCCUCCAAGAGCAUUAGUACCAUCGGUCUGCUCGGUCAAGUCCAGCUCCACAGACAGCACAUCGGCUUCCUCCGACUCCAGCCAGAGAACCUCAUCCUGCAAGAGACCAAACUUGGGCCUUUUUGUGAAUUCCCUGGCUCUCCCUCGUGCCCAGAGAAGCACCGUGGCUCCAGAUGCUCUGCCUUCCCACAGGGAGAUGAACCAGACACCUGGAUGGAGGAAUCACUUGCUUGUCCAGCAGGAACAAAGAUAAGAGACACAGGAGCAGACAUAUGCAGACAUGCUAGAAACUAUCAUGGGAGUGUUAGAAACUGACACUGCAGCAUUGACGUGUAUUGUACUUGAAUAAAGACCACAGAUGUGACAUUCA